AUGCAGCCCAUCAUACUGUACGACAUACCAAGCAAGGCCCCAAAUGCUAUAUGGGCUCCAAACCCUGCAAAGACCAGGCAAGUCGCGCAGUCAAAGCCAGAUUACUGCAUGUUUUGCCUGGAAUACAAGGGUCUCCUGUAUACGAUCGUCUGGGUAGAGUUCAAGGAUAUUCCCUUGACGAUGAAAACACUUGGUGCUUCAACUACGGAAGGAGGCAGGUACACCCUUCCAGUGAUCAAGGAUCCAAACACUGGAUCCAUCGUCGCCGAGUCGCUGGCGAUCGCUGAGUACCUGGACAAAACUUAUCCAGAGAAGCCGAUCAUACCACGCGGCGCCAACGCUCUUAUAUGGUUAUUCGAGCCUGCAUACUGCAGCGUUGCCUACGGAAAAGUGGUCAAGCUUAUCUUGACGAAGACCCUCGAAAUUAUGAACGAUUCAAGCAGGGAGUACUUCAUUCGGACUCGCUUGGAGCUGCUCGGCGAAACGCGCUGGGAAACUGUGUCAGAAGAGAACGUACAGCAGCAGUGGGAAGAAUUUAAGAAGGGUCUUGAUGAAAUCGAUAAAUGGUACCAGAAAAGUGGCGGGAAGUGGAUUAUGGGGGAUACCUUCUCGUUCGCGGAUAUGGUGGUGGCUUGCAGGACGAUGUGGUGGAACAAAAUAUUUGAUGAAGAACAACUCCGUGAGCUUCAUUCUUGGAAUGGCGGGCGAUGGGCGCGUGUCUUGGCAGACGUGAAUGCGGAGUGCGGUACAGAUUUGUAG